UUUUGAUUAAAUAUUAUUUGAAGUAUGUUAUUAUCAAGAAACCGAUUUUAUUUUUUGAAAAAUUCAUCAUUAUUUAUUUAUUUUAUUUUCAAAAAAGUGACCAAUUCUAUGUGGCGUAGUAAACUGACCAUCAUUUAUACAUUUUGAAAUUUUGUAUUAUACUAGAUUUUUUCUUAUAGUAUCAAUUAAAUAAAUCAGUAGAUAACCAUGCCAGCUACAGACCUAGAAGAUCUCUUAUUACAAGGUCAGAAAUUAUGUAAGGAUAGUAAUGGAACAAAGCCAGUGUCUAAAAUUCAUAAGUCAUUACGUCAGUUAUGUAGAAAUGCAGAUUACACUUUAAAACGGCCUUUGGGAAACAAUGACGAACAGUAUGCUAAAGAGUUUUUGGCUAAUCGUGGUUUGGAUCUUGCUUCCUACUCUAGUGUUCUAAAAAAAUUGUGUACAUACCGUGAUAAUGUUACCACUUCAGGAGAUCCAAAGCCAAUCAUGGAUUAUUCUAGUAGUGUAGAAUCAUUAAUGGGAAGGCAUAUUGAGGAUUACAUUAAAGUUUUAGAAAUUAAAGAAAAUAAUGAUAUUGUUAAAAGUUUACAAAAUAUUUCUUCAAAUUGGCAAAAAAUAAAAAAAGAUAUUGCCUACAAUGAGUUUGCACUGGAUUCAUAUGAUGUGCUAUUUUGUCUACAAAAUUUACUUUUAGAAAAAAAACAUUGUUUCACAAUUAAUUCUGAUAACAAUGAAGUGUCUGAAAUGUUUCCUUUUAUAAGUGAUGUUAAAAAUUACAUUAAAGCUAAAGAGACAAAUUAUACUAUAGAUAAAGAAUUAAUUGAAUCUUUUUUGGAAACUAUAUCUUGUGAAAAUGGUGAUGCUCCUAUUGCUCAUAUAUGGAAUGUUAUUAAAUAUAUGUACCAUAUAAAUCCAUUUGAAAAUUCAAUAGGAACCUAUAAAGAACGAUUUUCAGAAGAAAAUCAAAGAAAUCUUGUUAAAAAUGCAAAAAAUUACCUCGAAGAUAAGUACUGGGCUUACCUUGUCAAAGAAACAAAACAUUUAAAUAUUACCAAUGAUAAUGAGUAUACUGCUUCUAUAAUAAGUAAUCAUGUGUUUAUGAAAACAGGACGUGUUGCUAAUCAACAAAUUGAAUUUCAUGUUGAUGAACAAACUAUUUGGCCAUUACUUUAUUAUAGUAUUAGGUGUGGUAAAAUAGAUGUUGCCUAUUAUUUUAUUAAAAAAUCAGGUCUAGCCUUAAAUGAUCUUCUGAAUGUUUUUGUUCAUUUAAAAGAAGCUGAUUUCACUGAGAGAAUAGGUUCUAAUGUUGGUGUUACAUUGAAUAAAUUUUAUAAAACACUACCAGUUUAUGAUAAUGCAUUUAGAAAAACUAUAUUUUCAUUAUUAGGCAUGGUGGAAGCUAACGUAGAAAAAAAAGCAGUAGCUAAAACAAUUGAAGAUAAAUUGUGGAUGUUAUUAACUGAACACUUUGCGAGUAAAUAUAUGGAAGAUUCUAAUGGAUUAGACUAUUGUUCAUUACAGCGUUAUGUUUUAGACCAUGGUAAGCCUUACAUGGAACAACCUCAUGUUUAUUUUGAGCUUUUAUUUUUAAUUGGACAAUUUGAAAGUGCUAUAGAUUUUUUGUUCCGAAAUGCUAAGUUUUCAAAUCAUGCAGUUCAUAUAGCUAUUGCUUUGUAUGAAAAAAAUUUGCUAGCAACUUCACAAUGUUUACAAGCUCCAUUUUUGACUAAUGAAAAUGUUGACCAAAAAUUUGUUCGUUUGAACUAUGCUAGACUAAUAUUAUUAUUUUGUUCAGAAUUUGAAUCUAAUUAUCCUCAUUUCGCCUCAUAUUAUUACUAUUUCUUAAGAAAUUUAAAAACUUUUAAAAACGACAAUUUAUUUCAUAAGUGUGUCGCUGAUUUAGCAACAUCGUAUGAUGGUAAUGUUUGUAAUUGGAUGUUUGGAAGUCUUGAUACGAAUAAAGAUGAUAGUAUACUAAAUGAUGUUUUUGAUCUAAAUACUAUAAAAGCAGUUGUAGAUAAAACACUUGAAUUGUCUUUAGAAAAAAAUAAACCAGAAGUAGCAUUUAAACUUUAUAUUUUGACAUCAGAUAGAGCAGCAUAUGGAAUCAUGAAUAAUUUAUUAAGUGAUGCUAUUUAUAACUAUGAUAUUACUAACAAUGUUGAUAAUGGUGAGAAACGUAAUUUAUUUAACAAUUCUUAUGAAGAUCGUGUGUUUGCAUAUGCAGAAGAAUUAAAUGAAAAAAAAAUCUGCACCAUAAAUUCUAUUGGACCUGUCGCUACAUUUAAUUUAUUACGUCAAAUUUUUAACUUUUUUUAUCAAUCUAAAAAAGUUCAUUUUAUUAUUAUAAUGGAAAAAGCAUCAGAAACUAAUCUAAUCCCAUUUAAUAAUGCUGAUAUUAAGCAGUGUUUGCUUAAUUGUACUAGACAAUGUGAACUUGUUCAAAGGAAUAUAUGUCACUUCAUUAAAUCAAUAUUUAUUUUGCUUUGUCAAGAAUAUAAUAAAUUACAUAGACAUCAAGAGGAUAUCAUGGAAGAUGAAUCAUUUAUUGAAGAAGAAGAUAGUGAUAUUUUUGAUAACAGUAUUGAAGGAGGAUGGACUAAAAGGAAAAUUAGAAGAACAAUAAGAAAUAUUCAUUUGUUUGCUGCUCAACUUCCAGUACAUCUUUCUUUAGACUCUGUUGAAUUUAUUUCAAUAAAUUCAAAACAUGUGCAACUUGAUUGAAUAAGAAAACUUGGCGUUUUCAUGUAUAUGAAAUCUACUGUAAAUAUUGUUUAAUGAACAGAUAAUUAAUUCAUAGUUUAAAAAUAAGUCAUACUAAUAAUGUACAAUAAAUAUAAAAUAUGGCUUAAAUAAAAAUUUUAAUAAAGAAUUUUACCAUUUUUUAUGUUA